CUUCUUCAGGGGCAGGGCGGAUGGUUGUCUUGGUGACCGCUCCCUAACGGUCUGGUGGCCUGAGAUACUCUUACAGGGUUUGCAGCCUGAGCUGCUGACUGAAGACGCCUUUGGUUCCUCCAAGUGUCCGAGAAGAUUGACCCAGAAUAAUAAAAUGUCUCGAAAAAUUGCCAAGGAGUCAAAAAAAGUAAACAUCUCUAGUUCUCUGGAAUCUGAAGAUAUUAGUUUAGAAACAACCAUUCAUACAGAUGAUGUUUCCUCAUCAGAAGAACGAGAGGGUAAAGUCAGAAUUACCAGGCAGUUAAUUGAAAAAAAAGAAAUACUUCAUAAUAUUCAGUUACUGAAAAUCGAGCUAUCCCAAAAAAAUAUGAUGAUCGACAAUUUGAAAAUGGAUUAUCUUACAAAGAUUGAAGAGCUGGAGGAAAAACUGAAUGACGCCCUUCACCAGAAGCAGCUGCUAACUUUGAGAUUAGAUAAUCAGUUGACUCUUCAAAAGAAAGAUACCAAGAAAUAUCAAGAACUAAUGAAACAAGAAAUGGAAACCAUUUUAUUGAGACAGAAACAACUAGAAGAGACAAAUUAUCAGCUAAGAGAGAAAGCUGGAGAUGUCCGUCGAAACCUGCGAGACUUGGAGCUGACAGAAGAGCAGUAUGUGAAGCUGAAAUCCUUUCCUGAGGACCAGCUCUCCAUCCCUGAAUAUGUGUCUAUUCGAUUCUAUGAGCUUGUAAAUCCACUAAGGAAGGAAAUCUCCGACCUACAAGUGAAGAAGAAUGAACUGUCUGAAGAACUAAGUACGAACAAGGGCCAGCUGAAGCAGCUGACAGAGACAUAUGAGGAGGAUAGAAAAGGUAACUCUGAACUUCAGAUUCGAUGUCAGCGCUUAGCCUUGGAAUUGGCAGACACCAAACAGUUAGUUCAGCAAGGUGACUACCGUCAAGAGAACUACGACAAAGUCAAGAGUGAGCGUGAUGCUCUUGAACAGGAAGUACUCGAGGUUAGAAGAAAACAUGAAAUACUUGAAGCCUCUCACAUCGCUCAGGCUAAAGAAAGAAGUGAAUUAUCAAAAGAGGUCACCACCUUGCAGCAGACAGUCACCCUCCUGCAGAAGGAUAAGGAGUACCUCAAUCGCCAAAACAUGGAGCUCAGUGUCCGCUGUGCCCACGAAGAGGACCGCCUGGAAAGGCUGCAAGUGCAGCUGGAAGAGACCAAAAAGGCUAGAGAAGACAUGUAUGAAAAAUACGUGUCAUCCAGAGACCAUUAUAAAACGGAAUAUGAGAAUAAACUACAUGAUGAACUGGAACAAAUCAAACUGAAAACUAAUCUGGAAAUCGAUCAGCUUCGAAAUGCCUCUAGGGAAAUGUAUGAACGAGAAAACAGAAAUCUCCGAGAAGCCAGAGAUAACGCUCUUGCUGAAAAGAACCGAGCAGUGACAGCAGAAAAGGAUGCUCUAGAAAAGCAUGAGCAGCUCCUUGACAGAUACAGAGAACUCCAGCUAAGUACAGAAAGCAGAAUAUCUGAAUUUCUCCAUCAGAGUAAGUUGAAGUCCUUUGAAAGUGAACGUGUUCAACUCCUGCAAGAGGAAACCGCAAGAAAUCUCACACAGUGCCAGUUGGAAUGUGAAAAAUAUCAGAAGAAAUUGGAGGUUUUAACUAAAGAAUUUUAUAGUCUCCAGUCUUCUUCUGAAAAACGCAUUACUGAACUCGAAGCACAGAACUCCGAGCAUCAGGCAAGGUUAGACAUUUACGAGAAACUGGAAAAAGAGCUUGACGAGAUAAUAAUGCAAACAGCAGAGAUUGAAAAUGAAGAUGAAGCUGAAAGGAUUCUUUAUUCCUAUGGCUAUGGUGCUAAUGUUCCCACAACAGCUAAAAGACGACUAAAGCAAAGUGUCCAUUUGGCAAGAAGAGUUCUUCAGUUAGAAAAACAAAAUUCAUCCAUUUUAAAAGAUCUGGAACAUCAGAAGGACCAAGUGAGACAGCUUUCACAAGAGCUUGACAGAGCCAAUUCACUGUUAAACCAGACUCAGCAACCCUACAGAUACCUCAUAGAGUCUGUGCGGCAAAGGGAUUCCAAGAUUGAUUCACUGAUGAAGAGUACAGCUCAACUGGAGAAAGAUGUCAGAUGCAACACGGCUAUUCUGUUAUCCACCCAACUUGGAUUCUAUAGCACGUGUGGCUGUGGUGCUGUUAAAUUGAGGAACACUUGCUUUAUUCUUGAAAAGUUAAAUACUGUAUACAAAGCCUUUCUAGAGAAUAUCCGCAAUUUAAAUAAAGAAAAGUCAGCCCUGCUUCAGACGAAGAACCAAAUGGCAUUGGAUUUGGAACAACUUCUAAAUCACCGUGAGGAAUUUGCAGCCAUGAAGCAGAUUAUCAUUAAUAUGUGUAGUAAACAUUCUGAGAACAACUUACUUACCAAAAUGGAAUCAAAAAGUGUGACAGAAAAUCAAGCAUCCAAGAUUUUGAACAUGCCAAGAGAACAUGAAGACAAUAUAUUUAUACCCAAUCCAACCCUGUUUACUAAAAAGGAAGCACAAGAAUGGUCCAAGAAUCAAAAGAUGAAGGCCUAGUGUUUGGUGCUAGAGAAAGCCAGAGCCUAACCCUAACCCAGCCGGUCCUCUCCCUCCACACUGCACGCCCAGCCAGGGCCGCUGCUCUGUGUUGGAGUGGGCCUUGUAUCAUCGUGUACUCCAGAAGUGCUGUCUCUGUUGGGGGAGAAACAUUUGUUUUAAUCAUGUACUUGACAUUUUCAAAUAUAAGUAACUUAAUGUUUAUUUUAACUAAUGUUAAAUUAACAAAUUUCAGUAGAAUCAACAUAUAAAGUACAAAUAGUUGUAUGCUUUAUAUUUUGGUUUUAUGUAUUUUAUUAUAAAAUAAAUAUCCAUCCUCUGA